CCGGAUGCAGUUUCUACAUUGACUACCUUUACACCUGCGAGGUCAAACAGGUUGGAGGCGCCGAUUUCGCCUCGUACUUUACUUUUCAGCUCACCUGGAAAUGCGCACCUGAGCGCGCGCGCGCCACCUCCGAGCCUCCAAAAGCUCCGCUCGCUUUCCCGCCGCUUUCCUUUGAGAUAUUCGUGGAAAAACUUUGGGAGGCACGUCUGAACUUUAAUGAAUAAUUAACCUGAGGAGCAAACAUGCGGAGCUGAGCCCGGACAGAGAGGCGCGCCUUUCGGGGACACGAAAGCAGAACUCCGCGCGGUUCUGAUCCGGAUCCUGUCAUCAUGCCGGGAGCGGAGAGCAGAGUGGAGGGCCGGCUGAAGAAGCUGGAGUCCCUCAUGAGGAACCCACAGUCGGCCCUGAACUUGGAGACCCUGCUGGACUCUAUGGAAGCUUUGGCUCAUGAUCUGAACUAUCCUGUCCUGAGAAAAAACAAAAACAUAGACUCCUUCCUCAACAGAUAUGAAAAGGUGGUGAGUCAGCUGCAGGAUCUCCAGGUGAAGCUUGACGACUUUGAAAAAGUGAAAUUGAUUGGAAGAGGAGCGUUUGGAGAAGUACAGCUGGUUCGGCACAAAACCUCCCAGAAGGUUUACGCCAUGAAGAAGCUCAGCAAGUUUGAGAUGAUCAAACGGUCGGAUUCCGCUUUUUUCUGGGAGGAGAGAAACAUCAUGGCCUUUUCCAACAGUCCCUGGAUUGUCCAGCUUUGCUGCGCCUUUCAAGAUCGCCGCCACCUCUACAUGGUGAUGGAGUUCAUGCCCGGCGGAGACCUGGUCACCCUCACCAUGAACUACGACCUCCCCGAGAAGUGGGCCCGCUUCUACACGGCGGAGGUGGUGCUCGCCCUGGACGCCAUCCACUCCAUGGGCUUCCUCCACCGGGACGUGAAGCCCGACAACAUGCUGCUGGACCAGCUCGGACACUUGAAGCUGGCGGACUUCGGCACGUGCAUGAAGAUGGACUCUACAGGAAUGGUGCGCUGUGACACAGCGGUGGGCACACCAGACUAUAUCUCCCCUGAGGUGUUGCAAUCUCAGGGCGGGGAAGGUUAUUACGGCCGUGAGUGCGACUGGUGGUCGGUCGGAGUCUUCAUCUAUGAGAUGUUUGUUGGUGAAACUCCCUUCUAUGCCGAGUCUCUCGUCGGAACGUACGGCAAGAUCAUGAAUCACCAGAACGCCCUCGUCUUCCCAGAUGACGUGGAAAUGUCUCAGGAGGCGAAAGAUCUCAUCUGUGCCUUUCUUACCAACAGGGAAGUUCGUCUGGGUCGCACCGGAGUGGACGAGAUCAAACGCCACCCCUUCUUCAAGAACGAACAGUGGACCUUUGACAACAUCCGUGACACUGUGGCUCCAGUUGUGCCGGAGCUGAACAGCGACAUAGACACCAGCAACUUUGAUGACAUAGAGGACGAUAAAGGCCAUGCUGAGACGUUUCCUCCACCCAAAGCCUUUGCGGGCAACCAGCUACCAUUUAUUGGCUUCACAUAUUUCAAGGAGAACCAGUUGUUGAGUAACAGUAGCAGCAGUUCGGAGGAAGAAUCGAAGGACUUCAAGGAAAAAGAGGAUAAAGAGAACUCUUCCAACAACAAGAAAGAGCUUAAAAAGAAAGUUGAUCAGCUGGAGGAACAGCUUGACCAUGAGAUGCAAGCUAGAGAUGAGCUGGAGCAAAAGUGCAAAAAUGCUACCAACCGCAUAGACAAGCUGGUGAAAGACUUGGAAUCUGAGAUGAACAGCAGGCAGAGGGUGGAGGCCUCGCUGAGGCAGCUGGAGCGCGAGCGAGCUCUGCUGCAGCACCAGAGCGCAGAAAGCCUCCGUAAGGUGGAGCUGGAAGCAGGAAGAAAACGCAGCCUGGAGAACGAACUGAACAGCCUCAAGGACCAGUUUGAGGAUCUGAAAAAGAGGAAUCAGCAAUCACAGAUUUCUAAUGAAACCAACAUCGAGCUGCAAAAUCAACUCAAGGAAGCGAACGCCUUACUAAAGGCUGAAAAAGACACAGUGGCGCAGCUGAAGAAGAGUCAGACUGAGGCUCAGAAACAUGCGCAGAGCCUGGAGAUCAGCCUCAGGGAGACAAAAGAACAAUGCAGCCAACUGGAGAACAACCAGGUGGAGCUGGAGAACCAACUCAGAGGAAUGCAGUCGGAGCUGGAGGAGGAGAGGAGGGACUGCAGUCUUGGGACAGUAACGAUUGCUGACCUGCAGGGACGCAUCUCUGGAUUGGAAGAAAAGGUGACCGAGCUGAAGGCGUCCCUCUCUCACGCCCAAUCGGAGAAGACGGAGCUCCAGAAUAAGCUCAACUGUCUGGAAAAGGAAAAAAGCAACCAAGACAUCGAUCUGACGUUUAAGAUCAAGUCGCUCCAGCAGAGUUUGGAGCUGGAGGAGGCAGAACACAAGGCCACGAAAGCCAAACUUGCAGAUAAAAGCACAAUCUACAAGUCCAUAGAGGAGGAGAAGUCUCAGGCCUUAAAGGAGUUGGAGAGCACCUUGAAGGAGGAGCGCAGCUUGAAGCAGCAGAUGGAGGGGAAGCUGCUGCAGCUGGAGAAGGACUACUCCAUGCUGGACUGCGACUACAAGCAGGCGCUGCUCAAGCUGGAGGACGUGAACGGGCAGAAGGAAAUACUGUCUGAAGAGGUCAAGCAGCUGACCUUACGUUUGGAGCAGGAGGUCCAGAAGCGGAAUUUGAUCCAGAACGAUCUGAAGAUGCAGAACCAGCAGGUGUCUUCGCUUCGCUCUUCAGAGAAGCAGAUUAAGCAGGAUCUCAACCACCUGAAAGACGUGAAGCAGAUGCUGGACAAGCAGAAUCAGGAGCUGCGCAGGGAAAAACAAGAGACUGAUGGCCAGUUGAUGGAACUGAAGGACCAGCUGGAGGCAGAGCAGCAAUUCACAACGCUGUACAAAACCCAGAUCCACGAGCUGAAGGAGGAGUGCGACGAGAGGAAUAAGAAGUUCAAAGCGCUGCAGCAGCGAGUCGCAGAAUACAAAGAGGAAAGGGAUUCUCUGGCCACACAGCUGGAAUCCAGUUUAACCAAAGCGGACUCGGAGCGCCUGGCCCGCUCCGUCGUCGAGGAGCAGUUCUCCCAACUGGAGAAGGAGAAGAUCAUGAAAGAGCUGGAAAUCAAAGACAUGCUGGCCAGACACAAGCAGGAGCUUGGUGACAAGGAGGCCACCAUCAGCCUGCUGGAAGAGUCCAAUCGCACCCUGACUGAGGACGUCGCCAAACUGGCCAGUGAGAAGGAAGAACUCAACAACCAACUCAAAGAAAUGCAGCAACAGCUCCUGAGAGCCAAGGAGGUGGAGAAAGAGAUGGAGGACAUGAAGGUGUCCUUUGAGAAGCAGCUAAAGAAUGAAAUCACACUCAAGAAGGAGGCUGUAAGCAAGCUGACUGAGGUGAUGAACAGGAGGGAGAAGGGACGGGGAGGCCACCGAGGCAUCGAUACGCAGAUCCUCAAGAAGGACAAGGAGAACAGGAAGCUGCAGGUUCAGCUGAAGGCGGAGAAGGAGAAACUCGACACCACCAUCAUCAAAUAUCAGAAGGAUCUGAAUGAUAUGCAGGCGCUGAUAGCAGAGGAGAGCCAGGCGCGUAUGGAGCUUAAGCUGGCGUUGGACAGCAAAGACUGUGACAUCGAGCGCCUCCGGUCCCAGAUCACCUCCCUCAGCAUCCACUCUCUGGACACCACCAGCAUCAGCAGCGGCAACGACGUGGAAGCAGCUGAUGGAUACCCAGACUCCGGACUGGAGGGUUGGGUUUCACUUCCUCUCAAGAGUUCAAAGCGAUCUGGCUGGGACAAAAAAUAUGUGGUCGUAAGCAGUAAGAAUAUAUUGUUCUACAACAGCGAGCAGGACAGAGAUCAGCACAUCCCUUACAUGAGUUUGGACAUCAGUAAGCUGUUCCACGUUCGCUCCGUCACUCAAACAGACGUCUACCGUGCAGAUCCCAAAGAAAUUCCAAAGAUAUUUCAGAUCCUCUACGACAACGAGGGCGAGAGCAAACGAGAGCUGGAAACCGCACUGGAAACCACUUCCAACAGCGACCGCAACAAUUUCAUCAGCCACAAAGGCCACGAGUUCAUCGUCACUCUCUAUCACUUCCCCGCCAACUGUGAGACCUGCAACAAGCCGCUGUGGAGCGUCUUCAAGCCGCCACCGGCCAUCGAGUGCCGCCGCUGUCACAUCAAGUUCCACAAAGACCAUUUGGACAAAAAAGAAGAAGUUUUUGUUCCCUGCAAAGUGAACUAUGACAUGUCCACGGCCAGAGACCUGCUGGUGCUAACCAGCUCCAAAGAGGAGCAGCAGCACUGGGUCAGCCACCUCCUCAAACGGAUCCCGAAGAAACACCCGUUAAGGAGUCCUCCGGCGCAGAUCAACCCCGUGGACACGCAGCUCCACUCUCCUCCCCGACCCUCCCCACACUUUUCACCGAGAAACUCUCCUCAGUUAUCGAGCCAUCGAAGGGCCAUCCGGGUCCAGUCCAACAGGCAACAGCAAGCUUCCGGGAAGAGCAGUUAACCGAGGCUGCGUUUUCAGCAUGAUGUGGAUUGAUGAUGGCGGCCUGGACACAAAUGCCGCCAAAGAAAUCAACUGACAAAAGGCAACAAAAGGGACUGAAACGUUCUCAGAAAAUGGAAAAUCAUCAACAAAGAUUUUUUUUAAGCAAAGCAAAACUUUUAUAAUCAAAAGAUUCAGUUUUUAGAUUCAUUUUCAAAAAAUUUUAAGCAUGUUUUUGAGCAUUUGUAUAGAAAGAACAGAAGUCUGUUAUCUUAAUGAAUAUUACAGCAGCACAUUAUACACAUGUGAUCCUGUAAUUGUAUGAAAAGAGUUAUUUGAAUGGAGUAUUUUGAGCUUUUAAACACUAAAAAUCUGUAUUAUAAUGCAGUAAUGUGUAAUGAAAAAAUGUUGUUUUUUCCAUAAUUCAUUUAUGUUUAAUAAAACAUUUGGAAAUGGAACAAUAAACAAAAAAUACUUAAA